GUCAAUUCAUGACAUUGUAUCACAGUGAAUUGAAACUGAAUCAUUGCAAUUGCAUUACUUUUGACCGAUCUCUGUUUAUAAAAUUUAGAAGAACUAAAGGGCGAUGUCUGCAGAUCCAUUAUUUGGUUGGGAUUUAACUUUUAAAACUGUGGAAAAAGAUGUUAAACGCAAAUCUGAUGUUCUUAUAGCUUUUAUUCAUUGGAAUCUAACUAAAAGAGGUUUUAGAAGUAUUGGAAUAGGAGAUGAGAGAACGCUUACCGGUGAAGAAGAGAAAACAGAACUUCUACCUAGUGGUUGGAAUGAUAAGGACAACUAUACUUUAAGAUAUCUUUUGGAAGAUAAAUUAUAUAUUCUACAUGGAGUCAGCUCUGAUGACAAUCUCAUCAUCAACCUUUUGAGAUCAGAAGAUCUAACAGUGUCAAAUGUGGCAGUCAACAUUGAUGACUACAUAAAGGCAAUGAAAGGCAGUAUAGAUAAAUUGAUUCCGAACCACAAGGAACUUAUGUUCAACUUAAAGAGAGAUCUGAUUGAAACAGUCACAGAGAGACCUACUACAACUGUGCAAACACAGACCACAAGAGAUAAUACAAAUGACAGAAGACUUGAGAAUGAUCCAUUGAGAGUUCCUCCUCGUCCCUUGCCAUGUGUAAAUCCAGAUAAUCAUGACUUGUGGGAAUUACCUUCUGCCCAACUUCCUAAUGUGGGACGAUCAGAUCUGGAUCCCUUCGCACCUGGCGCUGGUGGUAUGAUCUUCAAUCCAUUUGGUCCGCGAAGAGAUGUUGAAAAUCCUGGAUUAGGUAUCCCAGGAGGGCUCCCAAGAGGUGCAGUACCGCCAGGAGCUCGUUUCGACCCUUUCGGGCCGCCAGGCGCAGGGCCCAUGCCAGGUCGCAGACCGCCCCCCGACGCCGAUCAUUUCCCACCACCUGGCUUCAAUGAUCAUAUGUUCAUGUAAAAAUUUCUUUUAUGUAUUUAACAUGGUUCCAAAAUAUGAGGGACAAAUAUAAAUGUUGUGUUAUGUGA